CCCAGUUGUGCGUUCUUUGAUAUUCAUCGCAACUUUAAAGAUUUAUCAUUUUUAUCAAUUUUCAUUUUUUUUUCUUUGUGAUUAAGCCAUAAUUUUUUUAAUGAGUGGAGGUGAAAAAUGACGCUGUGUUUUGUAAACUGUUCAGUCUUUGAAUGCUUAGCCAUUUUACUUUUCUUGUGCUCAAUUGUCCCAACGGUUGAAAACUAUGACUACGUAUCGGACAAGUUGGCACCUAUUAUACUCGUGAACGGCGUAAGUGAUAGUCAAAUCGAAGGAAAAUGGAACACGAGAGGCCAUCCGAAACUCUGUAAAAGGAGGGAAACGGAGUGGGAAUCAUUGUGGCUGAACCCUGAUAUAGCAAUCAAGGGGCCUAUCCAUCAAAGAUGCUGGGCUUUCAGGUUCCAACUCCUGUACGACAGAUCAACUCGCAAAUGCAUGAAUCGGAUAGGCGUGGAAACGCGGGUGAAAGGGCGACUCGGAAGUCUAUCGUCGAGCGAAUUUCUAACGGCUGACCCAAUCACUCAGCAACUUCCAAUGAGCCAAUAUUUUCACAAGAUGAUUGAGGCUCUCGAGAACAGCGGCUACUCGUCAGACAGCAGCCUCAAGGCGCACAGCUAUGAUUGGCGCUACGCUCCUCCCCGGCAAGAUGACUUCAACUACUAUAACGGGUUCACAGAGCUGGUGGAAAUAGUGGCAGAUCAAACAAAACGGAAGGUCUUGCUCGUGGCUCACAGCAUGGGCGGACUGGUCACCGCGCACUUCCUCAUGAACAAACCCCAAGAAUGGAAAGACAAAUACAUCCACGCCUUCCUUACGGUCGGGACACCGUGGUUGGGGAGCCCCAAGGCUAUUUCGAACUAUAUUGUUGGUAAUACUUACGGUAUUCCAACCAUGGAUAAGAAAAUCAUGUUGGGCAUGGUGAGAACUUUCCAAUCCAUCGCAUUUCUACUACCUGAAGAAAAAGAAUUCGAGGAUUUAACAUUAGUUGAGUGGGUUCCUCAGAAUAAAAAAUACACGACGAAAGAUUACCAACAGUUUUUUAAGGAUGUUCUCUUCGAGGAUGGUUAUCUAAUGAGAGAAGAUGUCCGACCAUUUUUCCCUGUUGCUUUGGAUAAAUUAGGAGUGAAAUUUUAUUGCGUGUGGACGAAUCUGACUGAACUUCAGACACCCGGAACGUAUCGAGUCACAGCACCCAAAAUAAGUGACACGGAGGAGGUUGAAAUCGUAAACAUCGUCGGUGAUGGGACAGUGCCGCUGAACAGUUUGCGAUAUUGUGAGAAGUUUCAAAGUGCAAAUGUCGUUAUUCAAAAUUUCCAAGGGUAUGAACACACCGGAGUACUUUACGAGAAAGUGUUUCACGAUUAUGUGAUGUCAGUCGCUAAAGGAGCUCAAUCAUUUCCCUGAAUGAAGCCCGGCUGAGAAGUUCGUCAAGAAAAUUGACGACAAAUCGUGCCAAAAUUAAAAAACGAGUUUCGUAAACCAAAAGAUAAUCAUUCAUUGAAGCUCGCAAUCAUUUAAUAGUAGGGAGAGAAAAAGGGGUCGGAGUUAUUACAAUCAAAACAAAAUGUUCUUGUAACUGUACCUUUUAGAGUUUUGAUUUCAGUUCGUUAAGAACCAUAGCAUAGUUCAUCAGCCCUUCAUCUGGGGCUGCAUGGGGUAGAAAUACUGCUAAAAAUGUUAUAUGUAAAUAUGGGGAUUUGAUUGUAAAGAGGGGGGGGGUUCAAAAUUAUGUUUACCUGAAAAAAGUUCCAAAACGGUUGAAACACUCAUUCGUUCUUUCAAUCGGUUAAUAGUUUAGUUCAACACCAAUUAAGAAUUGCAAAUCCCAGAGAAAACUGUGAUAAACGUGAAGAUUUUACCCUAUUUCAGUGUUUGUCUAUUUUUUUUUGUCUCAGUAUCAUAUUAUUUAGAGUGAAUUUACGAGACUGCGUAGUGCGUACUCUAUUCACGGCGUUGCAGAUUUCCUGCGCCAAAUUUUAGUAAUAAUUGAAGAAUGGGUGAUAAACAUUAAAUUACUUUCAUUCAAUUUCGUGUGAUUUUACUCCGACGUUUUUACAUAAGUCCCUGUAAAUUUCAGAAAUGUAAAUAAAAAAAGCGAAACACCGUUUCUAUACCUCCUCA